CUCACUUUAGCGCACGGCGAUAUUUCCUGUUGUCGUUUCUUCCGAUAUUAGAAAAUUAAUACAUAUUCGAAUGGAUCAUGAUGCUCACUUGAGUCAACACAUCUCUCACUCGAUGCUUUUCUCUCAUGAUACUGUAGCGCUCAAACUCAAACUGACCGUAUACUCGUUGCACCCAUCGAUGAUAAUACAGUAAAGUUGCGGCAGUAACAGUGAUUCUCACAAUCAAGUAUUUUAACGUUACUGGUAUGCUUUGCUAGCUGACCGUACAUCGAGCCUUAUCGUGAUUGGUUAUCGAGAAAUAAAACAUGGCUUAUAGCAAUAAGCACAAAAUAGUUCUACAAGCAAUUGUACAUGAAGGUCUUUUAAUUGAAAAUAAAAUACAGGACUUAAUUAUUAAAUUAUUUGGUGAUAAUAGAGUAUCAGUAAUAAUAAAUCAAAUAAAUGAACAAUUGCAGCCCUUAAACAUGUUAAUCAAAAAGGCACAGUGUGAAAUUACAGGCAAAUUAUAUUGGGUUCUAAUAAGUACUACGCUUAAUGAUGUAACCAGGUACCAAACUGAAUUUUCAAAAGAGCAAUUGGCCUUGUUAAGGACUAUGUUUUCUGAAAUUAUAACAUCACGCAAUGGAUGCAUACAAAGUACAAUAUGUUUAAAUUUAUGCUCUUCAUUAGAUAUAAAAAUGUCAAAGGCAGGUGCUGAAAAAUUUCUGGAGGAUAUAGUUAAUAGAAAAUGGUUGAUUUAUAAGGAUGGUUAUUACUAUAUGGGUGUAAGAAGUAUAACAGAAUUAAUGCCAUACUUUAGAGCUACAUAUGAAAGCAAUUUAAAUACCUGUUGCCUUUGCAAACAAGUUAUUUUUCACGGCGAAAAGUGUACUAACUGUGAUACCUUCUUUCAUUUAUAUUGUUUGAAGAAAUUCACCAUGGUCCAUACUCAUGUGAACUGUCCCAAUUGCAGCACAGUUGUUUCAGACAUUGAUCUAUCUGGUAUACAAGAUGACUUAGCAGUACCAGAAGAAGGAUAUGAGUGAAAUAAAAAUACAAUAGGAAGGUUUAAAAAA